UCUGGAGAGGGAACGAGAGAGGAGGAGGAGGAGGUGGUGGAGGAGAGGGAGAAGAAGAAGACGAAGAAGGGAGGGAGGGGAGGCGAGGAGAUAAGCCACAACAGGAAGCAAAACGACACACACACACGCGUACACAAGAGUGUGUGCGCGUCCGAGAGAGAGAGAGAGACUGCGCGAACAAGAGGGUGAACGGGAAAGGAAGGGAGGGAGAGUGACGCGGAGGCUGGGAGAGCCUGGCCCCCCCCUCCUCCUCCUCCUCCUCCUCCUCUCCUCCUCUCCCUCUCUUUCUCUCCUCUCCUCCUCUCCUCCCCUCCUCCCCCUCUCUCUCUCUGUGGAGCAGGCGUGUAGCGGCAUCAGACUCGGCGUGAAGGAACCAUGAGCGAUGUCACCAUCGUCAGAGAGGGAUGGCUCCAGAAACGGGGUGAAUACAUAAAGAACUGGCGACCGCGUUACUUCCUGUUGAAGACAGACGGCUCCUUCAUCGGCUACAAAGAGAAACCUCAGGACGCAGACCUGCCCUACCCCCUGAAUAACUUUUCUGUAGCAAAAUGUCAGCUGAUGAAGACAGAGAGGCCAAAGCCAAACACCUUCAUCAUACGCUGCCUCCAGUGGACCACAGUCAUCGAGAGGACCUUCCACGUGGACACUCCUGAUGAGAGAGAUGAAUGGACCGACGCCAUUCAGAUGGUCGCCGACAAGCUGCAGAGACAAGAGGAGGAGAGGAUCCAGUGCAGCCCCACCUCCAACAUCGACAACAUGGUCGAGGAGGAGAUGGACAUCUCUACCAUACAACACAAACGCAAGACAAUGAGUGACUUCGACUACCUGAAGCUGCUGGGAAAGGGAACCUUUGGCAAAGUGAUUCUGGUCCGAGAAAAGGCCAGCGGGAAAUAUUAUGCCAUGAAAAUCCUAAAGAAAGAAGUCAUCAUAGCCAAGGAUGAAGUGGCUCACACACUCACAGAGAGCAGAGUACUGAAAAACACCAGACAUCCUUUUCUCACCUCACUGAAGUAUUCAUUCCAGACUAAAGACCGCCUCUGUUUCGUCAUGGAGUAUGUGAAUGGAGGAGAGCUGUUUUUCCAUUUGUCCAGAGAGCGGGUGUUCUCGGAGGAGCGCACACGCUUCUACGGCGCCGAGAUCGUCUCAGCCCUCGACUACCUGCACUCCGCCAAGAUUGUGUACCGGGACCUCAAGUUGGAAAACCUGAUGCUGGAUAAAGACGGCCAUGUCAAGAUCACUGAUUUCGGCCUCUGCAAGGAGGGGAUCACAGACGCUGCUACCAUGAAGACCUUCUGUGGCACUCCAGAGUACCUAGCACCAGAGGUCCUGGAGGACAACGACUACGGCCGGGCGGUGGACUGGUGGGGUUUGGGCGUGGUGACGUACGAGAUGAUGUGCGGCCGCCUGCCGUUCUACAACCAGGACCACGAGAAGCUGUUUGAGCUCAUCCUCAUGGAGGACAUCAAGUUCCCUCGCACUCUGUCGUCCGACGCCAAGUCGCUGCUGUCCGGCCUGCUCAUCAAGGACCCCAACAAAAGGUUGGGUGGAGGACCAGAUGAUGCUAAAGAAAUAAUGAGACACAGCUUCUUCACUGGAGUUGACUGGCAGGACGUCUACGAUAAAAAGCUCGUCCCGCCCUUCAAGCCUCAGGUGACGUCGGAGACAGACACCAGAUACUUUGACGAGGAGUUCACAGCCCAGACCAUCACCGUCACUCCACCAGAGAAAUUUGACGAGGACGGGAUGGACUGUCUGGACAACGAGAGACGGCCGCACUUCCCGCAGUUCUCCUACUCGGCCAGCGGGCGGGAAUGAUCAGUGCGUCCCGUGGAACUGACAGCUGGUCUCUGAGGUCAUCAGUGUGGGACAAAGACCCACAGCUUUGGACUGACCCAAAACAAACAAUGACUUGAAGGAUCUAGCCCUUCUCCUCCUCUUCUUCACCUCUCUAUCCAUUAAGUUAUUCUGAUUUUUGUGAAUCCAUCUUUAGAAAGAAAUUCCGGGGCAAGAUUUCCCUCUAAAUCCUGCACUGCAUCCCCAGGUGAUCCGAGCUGUGAUGUGAUCACUUACUAUGUAAUGUCCCUUUAAUGACAGGAGCAUCACCGGUGGCCUGCUGUGCUUUGACGUAUGUGGGUGCCGACAAACGUAAAAAACAAGCGCCUCUGAUCAAGUUAGACGACAGCUGAUGGAAUUUAUUUUUUAAAAGGAGUCGUCGUGUUUUCGUGGCUUCCCAUCCGUACGAGGGAGACGCAGCGUUUUAAGUCGUUCGAAACCCCAAACUGCCGUUUCCGGUUGUAUCUCAGGCUUUUUGCAAACAGAUUCUCAGACUCAGCGAGACGCUCGGCUCUGAUUUCACGUCCUGACGUAGAUAACACAUCUGGGAUCGACUGAGGCUGCCUGGCGUUGAGGGAACAGUUGUCGCCGACGAGCAGAAUCCUGCACACCUCGUGUCACCGAGCGGGAUUCCACUCAGGGUUUUGCUCAGUGCAAUUCGUUAUUAUUGUUGCUGCUAUUUCAACUACUACUACAACUACUACAGGUACUACUGCUAUACUUCUAAAACCCGGUGCUACACUACUAGCUUGAUGCUGCAGGUCAUUACACAGGCGUCCAGCAACACAUCAGCCACCUUUAUCCACUUCCAUGCUUGUACAGCUGCAGCACAGACGCUACCACGACAGGUCUGUAGAUCGAGAUGAUGGGAUGUGAUGUGAUGUGUGUGUGAGUGUGAGUGUGUGUGCGAGGUACUAUUGUGAUUGUCGUCAUUGUUAUCGGUCUGUGUUGAAGAUCGCGCCUCAAAGCACAGCAGCUCAGAAGGAUGAAGCUCCCAAACCGUGAGCUUUACUACGUUACCCACAAUGCAGUGCAAGGUGGCUAAUAUAUCUGGGAUUGCAGAGGUGAAAAAGGAGAGGAUGGUUUUAACGACUUGCCCGCCCCCCCCAGUCACUCCCUUCCCCAGAGUUCUUUCUCUUUUAUUUAUUUCUCAAACAGCUGUGAGUCCCUCUGAGUUUCAGUCUCUGUCACAAAAGGGAAAAAACGUUUUGAAAAGGAGCUCGGCGUGGACGACGGAGAGCUUUACUGGGACGUUUUGUUCUCACGGCUUCGGGAAGAACACGGCUGUGCCUGUGUGUGUCCCUGUGCAGGAAAGGGAAAACACACAACAGGGACAGACUCACCGCAAUGUGGAGAGUAGAGUCCAGGACGGCAGGUCCACAGUGAUGAGCAGAGACAGAGAGACAGUGUGUGUGUGUGUGUGUGUGUACAGGUAAACGGCUCCAUGAAUGAUACAAUAUGAGAUAUUUACAAUGUGAUAUUUUAUGAGGCGUCCACGGUCGCGAGGUAACUGUCAAUCUCCUGUUUCCUGUGUGACUUCCUCACGAAGGAUUUAAAAUCAAAGGUUUUGGGUUUACACCGAUCACAGCAAAGGCUAUAAUAUAUACAUGUUCUAUUUAUUGUUCUACUCAUCGGUUUUAUAUUUAACUUUUCUAUUGUUAUGACGUUAUCCUAGAGAUAAUUAUUUCUUAGGGCUGAGAGAGAGACAAAAAAGAAAAAAAAGAAAAGGCACCUCAAGAAACAAAAAUGGCUGAAGAAUGUAGGAGGGAAAGCAGAUGGCCUUCCUGCUCCAUCGUGUAUUUGAUUGUCUGUGUGUUGUUUUCUGACCAAAAUGUGACGGGACGCGUGGAAGACGACGAGAGUUUCACUGUGAGCAGAAAAAAGAAAGAAGAAAACUUUAUCCAAAUCCCCCCCACAGGUGUCGAGCGUGAAGCCUCGCGUCACCUGACACUGACACGAAUGUCCGCCAUCUUUAAUCUGGUCACAGGUUCGAGGGGCGGGGAAGUUCAGAGAGAGAAAGACGAAGAGGAAGUCGAGUGGAAAAGAAUAAACGAGUGCAGCACAGAAUGUAAAGCAGGAAGUGAGGAAAGAGUUUCACGACUAGAGAAAAGUGCGUGGAGGGGAAGGAGAGCAGGAAGUCGAAGAGGAAGCGCGAGAGGGUUCAAAGGUCAGCGUUUGUCGGAUCUUCACACGAGACUCUCCUCCAUCUUUCAACGCGUCCCGACAUCUCUCCGGUCCUGUUUGUCUUUUUGCGAUUGUUUUGUCGUCAUUGUCUUCCAGUUUGAACCAACAACGAUUCUGAACUCCGGGCCUGGUUGAGCCACGAGCUCCAAACUUUGACAUCCAGCACCUAAAUCUGAGAUAUAUUUUUAAAAAAAAUCCAAAAAUAGCUCCACGUGGGAGACGUCAACGACAAAGAGGACGACGGGGGGCCGGGGGAGGGGGGGGGGUGCUCUCUUUAGAAAACUGCAUUCCACUCUUAUUUAUGUGAAUGUUUUUAUGAUCGUUGGAUAACUUGAAUUUCUCUUUUUCUGUUUAAUUUAUUUGAUGUGAGUUUAGCAGUGAGGGGGCGUAGUCGUGUUUCUCUCUGCGGUUUAAUUCUUCAGAGACUUUGUUCUAAAAUAAAUGCCUCUGUUGUUUUGUUUUUUUUCUUUUCUUUACAGAUAUUAUAUAAACGACACAUUACCCGUUUUCCUGCUGCUCUAAUGUCCACAUGAUUUUACUCUUCCACAUCAAUAGAACUGCAAUUAGCGAAAGGCAAAAGCGCUUUACCAUAGGAAGUGUAAGAGGACGACGGACAGCCCCCCCCCCCCCCCCCCAGCAUGCUGUAGUCCUCUUCUCUCCACUGCACCAGUCCUGAGUCAAAGUGGCACACACAACUCUUAUGAAAAAUACUUUUCUGUGUCUGGCACAGCGGGAAAACAGCCGGAAAAGUUCAAAAUAAGUAGAAAUCCCACCCAGCUGGCACCUUCCUCCGGCUCAGGCAAGCGCUCCACAGUAUUUGGAAGGAUUUCAGCUCUGCUCUGACCCAGGUCUGCGAGCGACUGAGGAGUUCUAUCUGCAUGUGCACGCUCAACGCCAAAAACCAUUAGACGCCAGAGUUCAUAAAAUACCGCUUUUUAUCUUUGGCCACAGCACUUUCACAUCCAUCACUUUUUUACAUGAUUCAGAGGAAUCUGAUUCAGCUCUGCUUUAAAAGGAGAAUUUCCUUUUUUUAUAUUCGCUUUUUUUCAUGUUUUUAAGAAAAAUUUGGAUUUUUUUUUUAAAGCACAUCUCCGCUCCACUCACGGCCGGCGGCUUUGAUGCUGCUCGGAUGUCUUGAGCUGGCAACACCCUGGUGAUUGUGUCUCACAUGCCAGAGACGAGUCAGUGCUGUCCCUGUAGAGUGGGUCAGUGCUGUCCCUGCAGAGCGGGUCCUGAACAAGGCUCAGUGUGAAUCCACUGACGCCUCCGGCUCCUUCCUCAAAUAGUUUCCCCUCAAACUCUCCUCAUUCAACCCUCGAUUCAAAGGUCCCAGACCACGACAGAAGAAAUGUUUUCUCCUCCAGCUCCUGUGAGAGAAGGUGGAGUUCAGUGACCCUCCUCAUCCCAGUGGGUUUUCACUUUGAGACUAUGAACCAGUCGUGGGCACAUGCCGUCGGGUGCGUUUACGUCUUCAAGCGGCUGCUGCUGUUUGUACAUCCAUCACACAACAGAUCUGACUCCAAGAGCUUUUGAAUAAUGUGUAGAACUCCUCUAAAAGACCUUCGCUGUUCUGUGGUGAGCUCGUCCGUUGUUAAUGAACCGACGGGCGUCAGCCAAAAUCACAAACUUCUGGCAUUUACUGGACAUAAGUAAACAGAGUGUUUGGAAGGACUUCUGAGAGUGUUUGACCUCAUGCCCCCCCUCUUCUCUCUGGUACUAGUCUACUAUCAUCAUGGUUAUUAACAUGAACAAGCAUGGGAUGCAUUUAUUUGUAAACAGCAAACAAAAAAGAAAAAACAGCAAACAUACAAAUAUUAGAAAUAAAGGUGUAACACUUCCCUCUCAUGUCCAUGUCCAUGUCCAUGUCCAUCUACUGAAGCUUUACAGUCAUGCAGGACGUUGAUGGACAGCCUCCAGCUGUUCACUGAGCCGGGCGGAGUUUCCCCCGAGGCGCUGGAGUCCGCUCCGGACCUCAGAACCACGUCGACUCUUGAGUCCGCGUCGGGGGAAGCUCUGCAGAUUCCAGGGAGGGGGGUUCACGGAAGAGCAGAUCGAACAGCCUUUCUCUGUCCCUCCUGCUGUGAGGACGCAGUGCUGCUGGCCACUGAGGCCGCCGGGAUGUGAACACAACGAAUUACCAUCAACAUGAAGCUGUUUUUUUUUACACUGUACAUCCUUAGUAUUUUUACACAUAAAAAUGUAUAUGAUAGGGAUGCACAUUAUUUUCCUUCUUACGGACAGCUUCAAUAAAGCACUAUGUCAAUCUGCA